ACCUUUGGACCAUUCUCUUUAAGUUAGACAAUAUACGCUGCUGGGUCGGUCUAGAAAAUAUGGCUCGUGUUUUGGUUGGAGUAAAGCGUGUUAUCGACUAUGCCGUCAAGGUGCGCGUUAAGCCCGAGAAAAAUGGUGUUGUCACCCAGGGCGUGAAACACUCAAUGAAUCCCUUUGACGAGAUUGCCGUCGAGGAGGCCGUCAAGUUGAAGGAGAAGAAACUGGCCACCGAGGUCAUUGCAGUGUCCGUGGGUCCCACUCAAUCGCAGGAGGUUAUACGUACUGCCCUGGCCAUGGGUGCAGAUCGCGGUGUUCACGUUGAGGUGUCGGCGGCCGAAUACGAGCUGCUGCAGCCGUUACAUGUGUCCAAAAUACUUGCCAAGCUGGCACUUGAUGAGAAGGCAGAUCUGGUGAUACUGGGCAAACAGGCGAUCGAUGAUGAUGCCAACCAGACAGCUCAAAUGACAGCCGCUGUGCUCGACUGGCCACAGGGCACCUUCUGCAACAAGAUAGAGAAGACGGAUGCGGGUUUGACCAUUGUCCGUGAAGUCGAUGGCGGCCUGGAGACGAUCAAAACCAAAACACCAGCGGUUCUGAGCGCUGACUUACGCUUGAAUACGCCGCGUUAUGCAACAUUGCCUAACAUCAUGAAGGCGAAGAAGAAGCCAUUGAAGAAGGUGACUCCCAAAGAUUUGGGCGUUGAUACAACGCCACGCAUUGAAAUUGUCUCCGUUGAGGAUCCGCCCGUGCGCCAAGCUGGCGCUGCUGUCGCCGACGUAGAUGCUCUCGUUGCCAAGCUAAAAGCUGGCGGUCACGUCUAAGACCUCAAAUCAAAUUGUGUAAGCGAAAUUCUACGUUAUGCAGUUGAAAUAAUAAGAAAUGUGCAUUUAUCUAGCCUAGAUUAAUUGCUUAUUUGAUCGGCGAGUUUUCCCCCUAGCACUUUAAGUCAAAUUAAUUGUCUUAUUUUGGUAUCUGUCGUGUCCAGCCUUAACGAAUAAAUUGAAGUGAUUGAAGUAAGCACGAGUCUGCCACAAGGUCAGCCAUUGAA